CCGAUGAAAUGUCAGCCAAUAACGAUGAAGUGCCCGCCAACACCAAUGAAAUGCCAGUCAAAAGCGCUGAAAUGCCAGCCAACACCAAUGAAAGGCCAGCCGACACCGAUAGGAUGCCAGAUAUCUACAAAAUAGCCAACAGCGAUGAAAAGCCAGCCAACACCAAUGGGAUGCCAGCCAACACCAAUGAAAUGCCAGCCAACACCAGUAGGAUGCCAGCCAACACCAAUGAAACGCCAGCCGACACCGAUAGGAUGCCAGAUAUCUACAAAAUAGCCAACAGCGAUGAAAAGCCAGCCAACACCAAUGGGAUGCCAGCCAACACCAAUGAAAUGCCAGCCGACACCAGUAGGAUGCCAGCCAACACCAAUGAAACGCCAGCCGACACCGAUAGGAUGCCAGAUAUCUACAAAAUAGCCAACAGCGAUGAAAAGCCAGCCAACACCAAUGGGAUGCCAGCCAACACCAAUGAAAUGCCAGCCGACACCAGUAGGAUGCCAGCCAACACCAAUGAAACGCCAGCCGACACCGAUAGGAUGCCAGCGAUGAAUCACUCCGUUUUAAAUAUCUACAAUAUAGCCAACAGCGAUGAAAAGCCAGCCAACACCAAUAGGAUGCCAGCCAACACCAGUAGGAUGCCAGCGCACGCGAAUGAGAUGUCAGCCACAACCGCUGAAAUGGCAGGGCCAGAAAUGAUGUUAACUCGUGGGCUAGCAAUGAUGUCAAGUCCUGGUCCAGAAAUCCCGUCAACUCAUGGGACAAAAAUAUUUCCAACUCCUGGUCUAGAAGUGAUGCCAACUGGAGACCUUGCGUGGACAGAGGCCGAGAUUCCUUGUUCAAGGCAGAUGUGCAUGAUGGCCUGCGCUAGGGACAAUCAGGACACAAUCGUCAUCGAUGCCGCCUGUGCUGGCUGGGGCCAGUGUACGUGCAAGUUCAAUCCUUGAACACCUGUGGGAUCACCCGAACGUACGACGCUACGCUGGGCAAUUAGUUAUAUCAUAAUUGACGGCUCAUGGCUCCAUGGCAAUGAGUAUUGGUGCUCAUAGUGCAUUAUUGCUAUGGAAUUAAAAGUGGCCUAAUAGAGCAUUUCAUUUUUAUCA